UAUGAAGUUUUAUUUGUCUAGACAGACUGCCGCUUGCUUACCCAUCUGAAGGGUCCAUUUUUUUAAACUGAUUUUGCAUCCUCUAAUCUGCUCUCCUACCUAGGUUAACCGUACGCCAGUUAACAAAAAGUUGAACUUCAAAGAACUUGAUUAAUACGAGGCAGACACCUUCACUAGAAUUGUUUUGAGAUCUGUAUCAGCAGCGGGCCAUUUGUUAAUUGCAUGAUUGCAUCCGCUUUGUCUUAUUACCAGGAGACAGCUGUGAUUCGAUCAGUUUUAAAGCCUAUUAAGACUAAACCAUAAGCAGGAUAAAUCUGACUGCGAUUGCCAUUGCUCACGUCCGGUUUUUAUGUGCUUACAAUUUUGGUUGCGCCUUGGGUUUGAACGAAUUCCAGCAUUUGGGGUUUGAAUUAUUAAUCGCAGUGAUAAGAGAUUCUGUAGUUAGCACGUAGAAUAAUAAUCAUUACCCAUGUCGGUGCCACCAUUGUCCCGUUGCAAGUCGGCGCAAGAACUGCGGUCGCUGCAGUGUAAAUCGCCCAGUGUGGAUGUCAGUAAUUCCUUGAGACGAUCUGAAAGUGCAUAUUUUGUCCGAGAUUUUCCUUCACAUGCGGUAUGCGACGAUGUCCAGGAAGAGAAGAAAGCCACACAGCGGCCGCCGCAAAAAGUGAAGGAUGUCGUGGAGUAUUGGCAUGCUUUUAUUGGCGUGUGGCCAAAUGGUCGAACGCGAAGAUAUGAAGAGGUUGUCCUCUCGGCAGAAAGAUUUCUCAAAAUGUACGGAAUUCAAGGUUGCUGCGACAUUUCCCCGCAAACAAGAGGAUUUGUGGCAUCCUUCCGUUCGCGCAGCGCUGCGGAAUUGGCCAUAAACAACGCAGAGGACAGCAAGUUCGAUGAUGCACUGCGUCGUAGCGCCGUGGCCCGAUUGGUGACUUUGAAUCGGUUGCCCUUUAUAGCUGAGGAGCUAGAAGCGGAAGUGUGGAUUUAUCCGAAGCGGUAUGAACCGUGUGCUGACCAAGUGGAAGAAUUGGUCAAAUGGUGGCAUCAGUUGCAGUGGUGCGGUGAAGUGGACGGCAAGUUCCAGCAACAAGAUGACGUGUGGAAAAUGAUUUUGAAGCCUUUCCACGUUGACCAGGAAGAAGUGAAGUAUGUUGUGAAGAUGCGGUCAUCCGAAACGGCAGUUGUCGCCGCUGCUUCUGCAUCUACCAGUCCGCUGGCGAAUUGCAUCAGACAGUUGGUCAUCAAAGCGUCCCAUGCCUCUUGUUACAAACAUCGAUUCGACACGGAAUCGCUGGUGAUAAUCCUGCCUGCUUGUGCUGGAGUGCCGUUCGAUGAAAAUACCCUCAUUGCAUGGAGUAGACCACUGGAAAAUAUUAUUGAUUUCCGACGUUUCAAUACCAAAAUCCUCGAGCCGAACGUCUGGCAACUUUUUACCAAGUACGCCGACGAACGGAAUUUGAUACUGAGGAAUAUCAAAAUGUGUGGACGGUAUCGUAAUUGCCCCGUUUCGGUGGUCUCUUGGUUGGAAUAUUUGCAGUACACAAAGUUCAAAACGGUGCUUACGGAAGCCGAACAACACCGACUGAAACUUUUGAUUGAAGGGAACCCGGAAGAACUACAAAAAAUCCAGCAGGAACUGGCAGCGUUAAACCAAAAAAUGAUUGCGACGGUGGCGGAUGAUGGAACAGAUUCGUAUUACUAUGACCUUGCUCACUGCCUUCUGCACCGCAUUGACCUCAUAGUUAAUCGUUUCGGAAAUUGUAUGAAAAAUGAGAAGAUCCAGUUCUUUGAUUUGUUUAUUACUUCCGUGGAUUAUUAUCAAACGGCACUGAAACGCGCAUCGACCAUCCACAAAUUCCGCGAUCAGCUGGACGAUCUGGUUGAAAUCUAUCGAGCUGCCGGAGGUCUCAUACUGAAUACCUACUUGUCACUGGACCAGUUGAACGGAGUGGUAUUUUACUUAUGGUUUCGCGACCUGAAUGAUCUUACUAGACUCCGUGAUGAUGUUAAAAAACGAAGAGUCUAUUUAGUGGACGUUAUCCAGCCGCAAAGGGAUAUGAAAGUCACAACUGAGGCGUUGGGCGGGGGCGGUUUUAGUGCUUACUUCCGGUCAGGAGAGCGAAGGGUCAUCCUAAAUCUUAUUGAAAUCUCAAAAAGCGUAGCGUGGGAUUUCAAGUAGAUUGUGCGUAUGCUAACCAUAAUUGUUUGGAAUAGUUUUUUAUUUAAUUUCGGCAUGGAUAUUUCCAUCACUGCGGAUGGACGUUGCCUAAUAAAUGAGUCCUUUUGGUAUGAAGAUUGUUAACAGUAACACCGUCUUGUUUUAACAUCGUUUGGUGAACUUCCGCUGAAUUGCGCAAACUGGGAUUGAAUAGCCCAGAUGAUUAUUUUGUAACUCAAAAGGUUAUGUCAAGUUAAGCAGAGACUUAGUGAAUAAAAUUUUUAUUUGUUACAGGUUGCAUUUGCAACUACUUCUGCUGCGAAUUUAUCGUGGUCUUGUAGUUUGCCUUCCAUGU